AUGACCGAGAUCUUCGGAUCGAGUGAUUACUCCGAUGAGUCUCCACCUCACGCAAGUCCAAUCAACGAAAGGACGCGUGGAGAUGGUGGUGAUGCACCUAUGCAUUACCACGAGCGAAACAACUCGAGGGAUCGGGGUAACACUGCUGCAAGUGCUCAUGCGGACACCAAUCAAGAGGCCAGGGACCGAAAUGUCCUGCACCACGCUCCUCAAGUGGAGUCUCCGUGGAUGCCGCCAUCCAGAGAGUUGGACCGGUUGGCAGGCACGACUACCGAACGAGAUCGAAUCCCGUUGUUCGAUUGCACGAAGAUUUGUCCGCCUGAUUCCAGCACGGAAACUAUCCGUGCUGAGGAAGAAUUUUUCACCGAUGCAUUUUCAAACAUCGGUGGUAAAAUGGCAGCCGUGUUCAAGAAGGUAAAGCCUUGGUGCAGGAUAGAAUGCCCUCAUCCAUAA